AACGUCUAUGUCUUUUUCUUUUCAGAUGGAUAGCAGUUCAGAAGCGAUGGAGUUGCGAAGGGAGCUGGACGCUGUGAAAAGCGCGUUGCAACAGCAGUCCGAAUCCGUCUUGAAGCAACGCCACCAGUUAGUGGAGGCUGGACAAGCCUUAGCGGCGCAUGAGAAGCAAGCCGUCCAAGAGAGACGACUCCGACAAGAUCAACUCGCUUUAGUCUUACGUUCUCUCGUGCUAUUAGAAUCACGUCUUACAAGAGAGCAGAAACAAAUACGCGUGUCGCUUCAUCACAAGGAAAAAAUUAUUAAGGCACAGCAUGAAGAGAUAAUUAAAUUGAAAGCACGCAAGUCGUAUUGCAGUAAUUGCCAACAGCUCCUCGGGUUCACGAGCGAACAAACAAAUAUAGAAACUGAUCCAGAAUUUCAAAGUCUUGAGAGCACAGAUUCGAGAUUCCCAAACGCAUUCGUGAGAAGUAGUAGCUACCGGGAAAGGAAAUCACCGCCCAUUUUUCAAAAGAAUACUAGACUUAGUAAGAGUUUUCAAUUACCUAAAAAUGAUGUAGUAUACUGUAAUACUAGUUCAAGUGAAGAGGGUAAUACAACGAGUGUAGGAAGUAAGGGAACGUUUAUUAAAAACAAGCAAGCUUUUGUUAGACGAGAUGUCUUUAGGAGAUCUAGAAAAUAUUCGGGGAGAAAAAAUAAUGGCAAACAUCAGGACAGUACACAAAAAUCUUACAACCAUCAAACAAAUAAUAGCAGCAGCGCUGAGGAUUGUUUCGGUAUGAGCUAUCAAGUCAAUCAUGAUGACGAUGUCACUGCCAAUCAGAUAGCAAAUGAUAUAAGAAAAGCUUCUCUUAAAAUCGACCAGCUCAUUGGUGAAGCUGCGAAGAAGGAACAAGAAAAUGCCGUUAGUAGUACUGAGAAACCUUUUUCAUCCAAAAUUGAAAGGUUGCAUGGUAUCAAAAGACAAGCUUCAGAUGAAAUAAAGGCGAAUAGACAACUGUUCUUAAAUAAAGUUCUUACUGAAGAGGGAGAGGAGAAACCUUGGUAUUGCAAUGUCAGUGAUCAGGAACAAGAUAUGGAAUGUAUGGAUCAUAGAGAUUCGAAACCUAAUAGUGAUAACGUUUUGAUAGCUGGCCUAAAUAGUGGAAUAAUAAAUGCUGAAAUAAUAUCAGCAAAGAACGAAGUACUGUGCAAUAAUAUGCUUAAAAAAGAUACUCCUGAUACGCGAUUUGAUGUUAAAAAUAACAAUAUUGAGUCAAACAAACAAGAAAAAUUAAACGAAAUCAACGAAAAUUGGUAUGCUAGUACAAGUGACGCGGAUGAUCCUCCUCCACAUGAGAUAUAUAAAAACAAUCCUGUUCUAGAAUGUGUCAAUCAAAUAUUGCUACAGAACUCAUUAGAUGACAGUAGUAAUGAUAAUUCUAAAUCAAGUGAAGCGCCAACUCCAAGCCCUAAGGCUGCUACUAAGCGUGUUCAAUUUUCAACAUUAAAUAGCAUUUCAUAUGACGAUAAAAUAAGGCCCACCGGUGGUAACAAUACUUUACCAAGGUCGGACAAGAGAGCAAAUAAAAUAGUUAAAUUCAGCUUGGAGACAGCAUCUGAACAUAGUUACGAAGUGCCUAACACUGCACAAGGCUUCCAAUAUGAAAUACAGAGUAUUUACAGUAAUGAAUAUGAACCAAUAAUCACAAAAUCAACAGAGCAAAAGCCUGUUCCAUUGCCGCCUACAGAACCACCUAGCGAUAAAUCGAACGUCCCGAAAAUACGAGGAUCUAUAGUAAAGAAUAUCGCAGCUAACAUUGAAAGUCGUAACAUGAAUAAUAACAACAAUUUUGAACCAAAAUUAGAGAGCCAUGGAUCUAUGAAGAUAUUUAACAAAAGAAAAGUGCCACGAACUCCUCCUGCACUGCCGCCUAAGCCGAAAAACUUAUCAGCUAAAUGGAAAACUGAAAGUACUGUCAAAACGUUGGCAGAAUCUUUAGACUCUGAAGCCGUUGCGGCUAAUCAACGGGUUGCAGAUGUUAAGAGAAACGUGGAUAACGUUGUGACAUCGAAGAUCGUUGAACCAGACUACUGCUCCAUUUCAGAGAUAAAUGUUCCAGUAGUCAAUAACGGUAAAAGAGAAAUGCUUCUCACGCAGCCUACGGUUGAAAUUCAUAAUGAGCAAUAUCCAGUACAUUCGACAAAUCAAAGAAACAGUGUGGCAAAAGUGGUAUCUUUGCCGCGGAUACAGAAUAAAAUCAGUGAUAAGGACAUCCCCAAGCUUCCGCAAGUCACUGAGAUAAUCAUACCUGAUGAGGAUGAAAAGACUCAUGAUGAUCACCGCUCUUUCCCACCCUCAAACAGUUAUCUAGCCAAUUUUUCUAUACACUCGCUUCAACCAAAAAUUGAUCCUAGAGGUUCGAUACAAAUGGGCAACACUGUGUCUUCAAUCCUCUCUGAAAUAAAUAAAGGAGUCAAGACAAGCGGCAAACGCAUAAAUCUCACCGACCUGGAUAACCAAUUUAACCAUGUCACGGAAAAAAUUCAAACGAGCAACGCGGAGCAGCACAAAGCCGAAUAUUUCGAGGACAUAGACAAGUUUGAUCUGUCCCAAAAUUUUGAGGAGUUCAAAAUCGAUGAUGAACUCGACAUAAUAGUGGCUGAAGAAUAUCGCAUCAGCUCUGGGAGCAGCGAUGGUUCCGUGUCCGACGUUGUCACUGAGCACGUUCUAUCUGUACCUGAGAAACAAUUAAAUAACCAUGUUGAGAAUAAUGAUAAUGAAAAAAAUGUAUUUCACGAAUGCCACGACAAUGCGGUGAACAAGGGACUCACAAAAAACGCUAAGCUUUCUAAUAAACCUGAUCUCCUUUCGAAUAUAGAGAACCUAGAGACUGAAUCUGUAAGGAAUUCUGACAUCGAGUCGAGUAAUUCCUCUGGGAGCAACAGUGGCUCCUAUAACACGGUUAAGUGCGAGCCAAGGAUGAUUCUGUCCCAUUCAGAAUCUGUAAAUAAAACUAAGGGAGCUUUUGACUUCUUCCUCGAGUCAUCUGGUCUAAGUUCUAAGUCUUUAUUUUCGCCUAGUAAGAACUAUUUAGGUAUGCGGCCACCAAGCGCUAAUCAUAAAAGCGUUCUUAAACCUAAGGAUAUAAAAAUGCGCGUAAGGAAUCCCAUUGCAACGAACAAAAUCAACGAAAAACCUAUGACGACUGCUAUUAAAUAUUUUGAACCCUAUGUGUAAUAUUAUAAAAUAUAGUUUAAUUAUAUUAUGUGUUAAUAAUUAUUUAUUGUAAAAAUGAACUUGCCUGCAUAAUAUUACUGUAUUUAUGAUUAUAUUUUGAUGUAAAUAUUUAUUAGUUAUUUUAAAA